AUGGCGAGCAAGGCAGGAUCACCGCGACAGAAGCAGAAGGGCGACAGGACAACUAUCCAUGGCAGAAUCACCGAGCAAGAGAUGGUCCAAACCUCCCCGGACAAACCUCCCCACCCUCGAUACGACUACACCUCCUACGAUGUCUCCGACAACAACAUCCUCGGCCUCAAGAGCGCCGACUGGGAAUGGCUAGGAGGGAUUACUCUACUUGCGCUGUUCGUGCGCUUGUUCCGCAUCUACCAGCCUACGAGCGUCGUCUUCGAUGAGGUACACUUUGGCGGGUUUGCGAGCAAGUACAUCAAGGGUAGAUUCUUCAUGGAUGUUCACCCACCUCUGGCCAAGCUGUUGAUCACGCUUGCUGGCUGGCUGGGCGGCUUCGAUGGAGAGUUCGACUUCAAGGACAUUGGCAAGGACUAUCUGGAGCCCCGUGUGCCUUAUGUGGCCAUGAGGCUACUUCCAGCUCUCUGCGGCGUUCUCGCGGUUCCAUGCAUGUUCUUGACGCUCCGCGCUUCGGGAUGCAGGACCAUCACCGCUGCUCUGGGCGCCGGACUGCUCACCUUCGAGAACGGCUUCGUCACUCAAUCCCGCUUCAUCCUGCUGGAUGCCCCUCUGGUCAUCUUCACUGCUAUGACUGGUCUCUCGUGGUUCUCCUUCAUCAAUCAAAACGAGCUGGGACCCAAGAAGGCAUUCACGCCAAGCUGGUGGUUCUGGCUGGCUGCCACGGGAGUAUGCUUGGGAGCAACUGCGAGUGUCAAAUGGGUCGGUCUCUUCACCAUUGCCUGGGUCGGCUCAAUCACUGCACUGCAACUCUGGGUCUUGCUUGGCGACACCAAGAAUGUCACAAUGCGCCUCUGGUUCAAGCACCUGUUUGCACGCAUCUUCUGUCUGAUCAUCAUCCCAAUCACAUUCUACAUGGCCAUGUUCGCAAUCCACUUCGUGUGCCUCGUCAACCCUGGUGAUGGCGAUGGCUUCAUGAGCAGCGAGUUCCAGUCCACGCUCAACUCCAAGGGUAUGGCCGAUGUGCCUGCUGACGUUGCUUUCGGCUCGCGCAUCAGUCUCCGUCACCACAAUACCCAAGGAGGCUAUCUGCACUCUCAUUCGCACAUGUACCCAGGAGGAAGCAAGCAGCAGCAAAUCACUCUCUAUCCACACAAAGACGAGAACAAUGUGUUCCUCGUCGAGAACCAAACUCAGCCGAUCCACUGGGCUGUGGAUCCAUCCGGCAACACCACCAUUCCAGGCCCUUAUGCGUGGGACAAUUUCGACCCCGAGCAUAUCCAGGACGGAUCUCUCAUUCGCCUCUACCACAUCACCACCGACCGACGACUGCACUCGCACGAUGUGCGUCCACCGAUCACCGAGGCCGACUGGCAGAAUGAAGUUUCCGCGUACGGUUACGCAGGCUUCGAGGGCGACGCCAACGAUCUGUUCCGCGUGGAGAUUGUCAAGUCCAUGUCCGACGGCAAGGAAGCCAAGGAGAGACUGCGAACAAUUCAGACGAAGUUCAAGCUGGUCCACAUCAUGACCGGCUGUGUACUCUUCUCUCACAAGGUCAAGCUUCCUGACUGGGGCUUUGAACAGCAAGAGGUCACUUGCGCGAAAGGCGGCACCCUUCCCAACAGCAUCUGGUACGUCGAAAGCAACAUGCAUCCAAAACUCAAGGAAGAUGCCGAGAAAGUCAACUACCGAAACCCUGGCUUCUUUGGCAAGUUCUGGGAGCUGCAGCAGGUCAUGUGGACCACCAAUGCCGGCUUGGUUGAAUCACACGCUUGGGAUUCUCGUCCUCCAUCAUGGCCGGUCCUCCGUCGAGGUAUUAACUUUUGGGGCAAAGACCAUCGUCAAAUCUACCUGACCGGCAACCCAUUGAUCUGGUGGGCCAGCUCUGCUGCGGUGGGAGUUUACGUCCUUUUCCUCGGUCUGGUGGUUCUGAGAUGGCAACGCAGCUGCGACGAUAUCCAGUACACCCCGGUCCGCCGCUUCACCUAUGAAGUCGGAACUGCAGUGCUUGGCUGGGCCUUCCACUACUUCCCAUUCUACCUCAUGCAGCGUCAGCUGUUCUUGCACCAUUACUUUCCAGCACUGUACUUUGCCAUCAUCGCGCUUUGCCAGGUCUUCGAUUUCACAUUCAGCCGAGUCAAGAUUGGAUCAUUCACUUUGAAGGACAAGCCAUACGCUGGCUGGAGCGCUGCCACGGUCUUCUUCGUUCUGAGCGUCAUUGUGUUCUUACUCUACGCUCCUCUAAGCUAUGGCAACACAUGGACUAAGAGCGAAUGCAACCGUGUCAAGCUUCUCGACACUUGGGACUUCGACUGCAACGCAUUCCUCGACUCGGUGGGUGCUCAAGAUUGAAGCUUCUACUCGAGCUGUACUAACAUGGUCGCAGUACGCCGAUUACUCUCUUGCAGUUCCCAGUGCUGCCGGUGGUGCUGAACCAACACAGGCUGUACAAGGUCCCGCACCACCUGUCGCCGAAGACCCGCAGAAAGACAUCCACGCGACCACCCAGCAGCAACAGAAUAUUGACCCUCUCCACUCUCCCGCAGGUCAGAUUCCCGUACAGGAGAAAGUCGAGUACCGGGAUGAAGAAGGCAACAUUCUCAACGACGAGCAAGUCGCUGCUCUUCAGGGCAAGGUGUCGUUCAGCACACGAUACGAGACACGGACGAGACUUGUUGACCAGAUGGGCAACGAGGUCGACGAUGGCUCAUUACCAGGCGAGGAUGAAGGCGCCGCCAAGCCUGACGGCGUUGAUCCGGCUACUGCUGGAAGAGAUGUUGGCGAGGGAGAGCCGAGCACUGCUCCUGCUGCCAACGAGGCGGGCGAGGAUGUGAAGAAGGAGCAGAGCAUUCGAGACGCCAAGGCUACUCCUGAGCCGGAGAGUGAGGCUGCUAAGGCUACACGGGACGAGCUCUGA